AUGAUGGUGGAGUGCAAACAAAGGAUGGAAGAAAAAAAAAUUCUGCUUCUGCUGUUGAUGAUGCUCCCUGCUGGUACUUCCGACAUAUUAAUUGUGAUAUGUUCAUGUUUCACCCCAUGGGCCUUAAGAAUUUCUUUUUUCAAACCCCAUUUGAAUAGAAGAAAAAGAAUAAAUAAAGAGGUGCUGAGGAAAAUCGUCAACCCCAGUUUAGCUACAUCAUGUGGUAUAUAUGUGGAUAUAUGUUUAUAUACUUUAAAACAUUUGUGUACACCAACAACAGAAAUAGGAUCAGAGUUGGAAUUGCGAAAAGGAAGAAAACAAGAAUAA